UUCUGCCAUCUACUGGGGAAGGGAGCACAGUGAGGCGGAAGAGACACUAGCUAGGAGCAGUAAGAGAUACGAACCUAGCCAACAACAGGAGUAAGCGAGUCUCCCAGCUGCUGAAGGCAGCCCCUGGCCAGACACAAUCUUUUAUGGGUUUGCUUUGGCUUCUUUCUUUCCUUCAUUCUUCUCUCUUUGGAAAUGAGGUGUUGGAAGAGCUCAGGAUGUCUGGGACUACAUCUUCCUACGAUCAUCUGGUGAGGCAGGUUGAGGCACUUAGAAAGGAGAACUCUCACCUACGACGAGAGUUGGAGAACAACUCCUGUCACCUAUCGAAACUGGAGACAGAGACCUUGGAUAUGAAGGAAAUGUUAAAGCAACUCCAGACCAAGCUGGAGCAAGAAGCUUGCAACUUAGCAUCGACUGGAAGAAUUGAAAUCCUGGACCAGCUGAAAGAGUUGAAUACAGAUGUUGCCAAAUUAUGUGACAUAAAAUGGCAAUCAAACAUGAUGUGCUCAGGACAGGAUGAGCAUGUAUUGGAGCAACCAACUGAGAGAAAACAAACACACUGUGGUGGAAUUACACUGGAACAGGAUUCAUUGCCAGUGGCGAGUGGAAGUGUGGAGCACCUAGAGGAACUUAAUGAAGAAAGGGCACAGCUCCUUUCCGAGAUUGAAAAGGAAGAGAAAGAGAAAGCCUUUUAUUGUACUCAGAUCCAAAAUCUUGGCAGACAAGCAGAUGAACUCUCACAAAUCAAGACUGUUUCAAAGCACAUGGAUUUGAUUCGGCAGCAGUUACAGUACGAAGCUCAUCAAAUCAAAGCCAUUAUUGAGGAGAGAUAUGGGACGAGUGAAAAUAUGACAGAACGGGUUCAGAUGCGAAUGAACCGGAUCCAACAAAUUGAAAAGGAAAUUCUUCAGUUCCAGCAGAAGGCACGUCAGAAAGAGACAGAGUGCUGUGGAAAAUCAAAUGAUCAAGGUGCAGAGAGCGCAAUGAAUAAUUUACCUCAAGGAUUGAACAACUUGGGCAGUAAGGUGGAGAUGGUGUUCUGGCUGCUUUCCAUGCUGGCCACCCGUGACAAGGAGGACAUGUCAAGGACGUUACUCGCCAUGUCCAGCUCCCAGGACAGCUGCAUGGCCAUGCGCAAGUCUGGCUGCCUCCCACUGCUCCUUCAGCUCCUGCAUGACAGCGAGAGGGACUCAGGACCGAGCAGGAACGCCAGCAACAGCAAGGAGGCCCGAACCCGUGCCAGUGCGGCCCUCCACAACAUCAUAUACUCCCAGCCCGAUGAAGGGCAGGCCAAGAGAGAAAUGCGUGUACUGCAUGUGCUGGAACAAGUGCGCUUGUACUGCGAGACUUGCUGGGAAUGGUUGGACACAAACAGACAAAGCAAUGAUGUUGAAUAUAACAACUUGCCACUGCCUAUUGAGCCCCAGAUCUGUCAAGCGAUGUGUGCAAUCAUGAAGUUGUCCUUUGAUGAAGAAUACCGGCGUGCCAUGAAUGAACUUGGCAAGUUGUAGCAGUUGGCUCACAGCAUUUAUUCUCUUCCCAUUUUUGAUGCAGGAGGUUUGCAGGCAGUUGCUGAGCUGCUUCAGGUUGACUGUGACAUGUAUGGACCUACCAAUGAUCCUCUGAAUUCAGCCCUGCGUCGUUAUGCAGGCAUGGCGUUAACUAACCUCACCUUUGGGGACGUCGUCAACAAAGCUACACUGUGUUCCAGAAAAGGCUGCAUGCAAAGUAUUGUGGCCCAGUUAGAGUCUGAAAGUGAAGAUAUCCAUCAGGUUGUGGCUAGCAUUCUGAGGAAUCUUUCAUGGAGAGCUGAUGUCAACAGCAAGAGGAUUCUACGGGAAGUCAGAAGUGUAAGCGCAUUGAUGCAGUGUGCUCUGAAGGCCAAAAAGGAGUCGACACUGAAAAGCCUGCUGAGUGCUCUUUGGAACCUGUCAGCUCACAGCACAGAGAACAAGGUGGCCAUCUGCUCUGUUGAAGGGGCACUGGUCUUCCUUGUGGGAACCCUGACCUACAAGUGUCAGAGCAAUUCACUUGCCAUCAUUGAGAGCGGAGGAGGUAUUUUGCGAAAUGUUUCCAGUCUCAUUGCAACAAAUGAGGAGUACAGGCAAAUUCUACGUGACUACAAUUGCCUGCAGACCUUGUUGCAGCAUCUGAAGUCCCAUAGUUUGACUAUUGUCAGCAAUGCUUGUGGAACUUUGUGGAAUCUCUCAGCACGCAGUUCAAAAGACCAGGAAUUACUGUGGGACCUAGGAGCCAUCAGCAUGUUGAGGAACCUGAUUCAUUCCAAACACAAGAUGAUAGCAAUGGGGAGUGCAGCUGCCCUGAGGAACCUUUUGACCAACCGGCCAGCCAAGUACAAAGACACCAGCAUGGUGUCCCCAGGUUCUUGCAUGCCUUCUCUAUAUAUGAGGAAGCAGAAAGCUCUGGAAGCUGAACUGGAUGCUAAACAUUUAACAGAGACAUUUGACAGCAUUGAAAAACUUAGCCCCAAGCAUCCCAAUAUCAACAAACCCCUCAGGCACAUUGAAAACCUGGCCAAAGACUAUGCUUCUGACUCUGGCUGCUUUGAUGAUGAUGAGGGUCCCAAUAUAUCAACUGGAUUAGAAACUGGAGGCUUAAGUGUGCUCUCCAUGUACCUGAACUCUUCCUUUCUUCAAGGACAAGGCAUGUCCAGGUGUCGUAGUAGUGGAAGAUGCUCAGAAUCAGAGAAAGAUCUUGACGGAAAUCUUCAAAAAUUCAACCCUGCCACUGAUAAUGUAUCUGUCGCAGCAGAGAGGUUGGUAAACCAGAUCUCUACAACGGUAGCCAGAAUUGACAAAAUCGUGGAAGAUAUGUCUAACAUGCACACAUCCUCUGAAGACAGCUUCAGUCUUAGUUCUGAAGAUCAAUGCAUUGACUGGCAAUGUGCAUUAGAUGACUUAAAUGAAACCAGGACAAAGUCUUCAUCGCCCUGUCAUCCUACUGAUGUUGUUAAUUCAGGCAAACGUGAAAAUCGUAGCAAAGUGCACACGCUUUUGGGUGCAAGAACAGACUACACAAACUUGUCAAGUGAUAGUCUGGACGGUGUUAAUAACGCUGGCAAAUGUGACACAAAAGGCCACGCGAAGGAAUCUUCAGUUGCAGACCCAAAAGGCGAGCAUCUUAUUUAUCAGAAAAGGCCGACCAACUUAGAUCUAAAGAAUGGGGAGAACAGUCAGAGAGAUGGAAAAGAUCCCGAUGGACAACUGAGUUCCAGGGAAUCUAAAACUGCAUUGAAUGAAGCCUGGGGGCUAAGAAAGCCAGAUGAAAUAAGUAAGAAACGAUUCUCACCUUUUUAUGAAAAGAUCCACGUGGCUUCAGUUAUGACGGGAAGCGGUCAAAGCCCGAGUCCAGGAGCUUCUCUGACACCUCAGAGUUUGAGUGGCAGAAAGCAAGCAUGGGUCCAUUCUGGAUAUUCACAGAGUAGCAGAAAUGUAAAUCCAGGUGUAUCUAGCACAUCUACUUCUACACCAAUUUCCAAUGACCAGGAAACUUUACAAACCUACUGUGUGGAAGACACUCCAAUUUGCUUCUCAAGAUGUAGUUCACUCUCAUCCCUGUCAUCUGCAGAAAACAUAUCAGAUGUCCAAAUUGGUAGUGAAAAUGAGGUCGAUAGUGACUCUUCUCUGGAAAUCAUUGGUGUAGAGAAAGAAUCACCACUGCCCGUUGAGAAGACAAUAAACGAUGAAUCCUUUGCCUCGGAGGAUAUACAGAUCAAAUCCAGGGAUCAUUCAUUUAGCAGUGCAUCUCAACCUAUAGAAAUACCUUGCCCAAAGCAUGAAAAGUUUCUGAUAAGGAAAAAGUUAUCUUCUAGAAAUGUGGAUUCCAGUCCAUCAAGUCCAUCAGAAAAUUAUUUGCAAGAAACCCCAUUGGUCUUAAGUAGAUGCAGUUCAGUCAGUUCACUUGGAAGUUUUGAAAGCCCGUCAAUUGUAAGCUCUAUUCAAAGUGACCCUUGCAGUGAAAUGAUUAGUGGUACUAUCAGUCCCAGUGACUUGCCUGACAGCCCUGGUCAAACCAUGCCCCCCAGCCGAAGUAAAACACCGUUGCUUGACCAACGAGACAAAGAUGCCAGUCAAGGCAAUAACCAUUGGGAUGCUGACAUGAAAAAACACAUGGAUAUCAAUGAUUUUAAGGAACGGUUUCACCUCCCUCCAGAUAUUGACACUAUGCUGUAUUUCACCUUAGAGAAACCCAAUGAAAACUUUUCAUGUGCUUCAAGUCUGAGUGCCCUCACCCUUCAUGAGCCAUAUAUUCAGAAGGAUAUUGAGUUAAAGUUAAUGCCACUCCUACAAGAGAAGAGCUGUUUUAAUUGCCGUGCACAAGCAGAAGACUUCAGAGAGGAACGGAAUGGAGACGGAAUGGAAAAAGUUGAUAAGCUGGACAGCAUCCUGGAAAACUCUGAUGAUGACAUCGAGAUCCUGAAAGAAUGCAUCAAUUCUGCAAUGCCAAACAAAUUCAGGAAAGUGAAAACCUCUGCUAUAUCCAGUUUGCCCACUCAGGUACUGCAAUCUAAGAAGCCUCUUCAGCUGCCUGUUUAUAUGCUACUGCCAGCUCACUCUCAGGUAGAGACAUCUGGGCACAGCUGCUCAAAAAAUGACACUUUCAAAGAAGAUUCCUCAUACUCAGAUUCUGUUGAAGGAACUCCGGUCAAUUUUUCUAGUUCAGCUUCACUAAGCGAUGAGACCUUAGAGUAUCCUCAAAAAGAAUCACCCAAAUUGACAAACAUUAAGGCUGAAGUGAUUGAGAGGAGGGAGUUACUCCCCGCAGAAGGGCAAAAUGCUGAUGACUUAGAGGUGCCUAUAGCUGUAAGGAUGCACGACAGAAGUCUUGAACAAGGAAAUAAAUACAACUUAAAUGUAAAUAAUUCAAAGCUGGUGGCUCAAUCACAUUUGCUUAAUCUGAACCAGAGGGAUGUUCUGAAAAGAAAUCAGAAUUCCCUCCCACCACAGUCAUAUCAAGGCCAGAAAGGCCAUGUUUUUCAACCAGGUGGGAUUGCAAAAAGCUUAAGAAAGGAUCAAACUACAUCAAGACAUGUGCUGGAGUUGGACACAAAGAAGAGCAAUUGUAAGAGGUCAGAAGAAGGACAGCAAGGAAUGGACAUUUCUUGUGCAGAAUAUAUUCAUGGAAGCUAUGCAUUUCAAUCUAUGCGACACACGACACCUACUGAAGAAGCUGUUUACUGCUUUUAUGAAAACGACUCUUUAGAUAUGCUUACUGUUGCAAAAGAUACAGUGAAUCCAAAAACUGAAGUAAAAAGUGACUAUGAGGAAAAAGUCAUUAACCAAAAUGGAGUAGCAAAGAAUGAACCAAACCAGAACAAUAAAGGGAUGACAAAGUUCCGAACCACCAGUUUGGCUAGUAAAACUGAACGAAAUAUAACAGAUGAAAGCCCUCUUUGCUUUUCCCUUAGUUCAUCACUAAGUUCACUAAGCGACAUGGAAUUAGAGGACACCCUUGUGAAAACACGGAAAGCAUUUGUGAAAUCGCGGAAAAAGUCUCAGGUCUCUACGGCUUCAAAAUCUUUUAAUAAUGGAUGCUCAUCCUUAUCAGCAAGACAGGAUAGUUCACCCAGUUCGUUGAGCUAUGAUUCAGAAGAUGAUCUUUUGCAGAAAUGCAUCAGCUCAGCAAUGCCAAAGAAGAGGAAACAUUCUUCAAAGCGAAAGUGUGAGAGGUCUGCAAAGCAAAACCUUAAGGGUAAUGUGCAAAACAACACUGGGAGGAACAUGACUUAUGACCUGGACCACAGGAAGGAUACAAGUCAAGAUGUUUACGGCUCGCUGUCAGAUUUAAUGUCUCCUGAUCUGGAAAGUAUCGAGUGGAAAGCUAUUCAGGAAGGUGCCAACUCAAUAGUCACCAGCUUGCACCAGGCUGCAGCCUGCCUUUCGAGAGAGCCCUCCUCUGAAUCCGACUCCAUUCUAUCAUUUGUAUCAGGAUUGUCCAUUGGAUCGACACUGCAUUUCACUCUCGAGCAGAAAGAUAAGAAAAAGAUCCUGAAAGAGCAAACACGCAGUGUUGAGGGUGCAGAAGGUGCUUCUAAAGAUGGAAGGAAGCAGAAUGAAAAUAAUAAGGCGACUGGAAGUAAGGCUUCAGUUGCCAAUAAAUUUUCAAAUGCACCUAAACCACCAUCUCGGGCUGUGAGCUUACCUGUGGUCUUUCGAGGAAGGACUGUGAUUUACAUGCCUGAUAUGUGGAAAAAGUCUGCAAAUGCUACUCCUGCUUCAAAGAAAGCAGCACCUAAAAAUACCACAGCUUCCCAAAAUUCCAGCCAGACGUUUAGGUCUAGAAGCUUGCACAGGCCUGGAAAUAUGACAGAAAAGGUUGACAGUACUUUACCAAAAAGAAGCGUGACACCACCGGCAAGAAUGGCAAGAGGUCCUUCAAGGAAUUCCACACCAUCCAGACAGCCUCCAAAGAAUGGUACACCAUCUGUACAAUCUAAUAGGCAAGGGAUUCCACAUGCAACAAAACCCAGUGCCAACAAGCUCGAUCAGAAACCAAGACCUCAAGCAACUUCCACACCAUCUACUCCAAAUAUCAAAUCUCCAGUCUCAGGGAAACAGUCUCGCAAAUCUCCAGUCCAACCACCAAACAUUCAGACACCAACUAAACAGGUAACUCCAGCAAAGAAGAUGCCCUCUUUUCAAAGGAACGAAUCUUUUGGACCAAAAAAGAGUCAAGGUUCUAAGAAGGUGAUACCACCAAACAGGCUAGACCUGGUGAGAAUGUCAUCAACAAAAUCAAGUGGCAGUGAAUCUGAUAAGUCCAGCUUUGUGCGACAGCUGACCUUUAUCAAAGAGUCCUCUAGCCUUCUCAUGAGGCAGAAGUCCGAAGCUUCUUCAUCUGAAUCAGUCUCAUCACUGUCUCAGUCUGUGUCGCCGAGAAGAAGCAAGUCAGAUUUUCAGAAGGCCUUCGUAAGUUCUUCUCAAUGCCAAGAGUUAAGAGUCGUUAAAACAACAUCCAACCUGAACAUAAGUCAACGAAAAGCCAUGUGCAAUGAGGAUGGACUCCGAACUGAGAAGCUUUCAAGAAGGCCAAGUUCAGAGAGCCCUUCAAGGCUCCCUGUGAAAAACAGCGCCACCUGGAAACAGGAUAAUUUUAAACGUUACUCAUCCUCUCCGCACAUUAAUGUAUUACAGCAGGCAGGAAGCCCAUCCUCCAUUCGUUCAGCCUCAUCAGAAUCUAGCGACAAGGCAAAAAGUGAAGAAGAACCUCGAACUAAACAACAGCUUGCGAACCAAAAAGAACCACAGAUGAGAAAGAAUCAGCCAAGUUUGAAAGGAACGUGGAGAAGAAUCAAAGAUGAAGACAUUCCCUAUUUUCUCAGCAACUCUCUUCCACCUUCAGCAAUGGCAUUGGUGAAUAAAUCAGAGUCUGAACAGCAGUUGAACAAAGUGGGAACUGUGGAAACUAAAACCAGUGAUGCUUUUGUGCAAACUGAAGACUUCUCCAUCACCAAAACAAAUUCAAGCACAUCGCCAACAUUUGAUCUAAUCCCUCACAUUGCACAGGCUAUUCCGAGGAAUGCUGUGAGCAGAUCAUUUAUAGGGAAGAAUACAGAGACAGCAUAUAGGGUCUAUUCAGAGAAUGAACUGGAACCUGAAAUGAUAAUGCUGAUGAGGAACAAUAUGACCACUUCAGCUGAGACUGAAAACUAUACGACUGUCCCAGGACAUGUGCAUUUUAAUUCAAGUAGACAUGGUUCUCCAAGCAGAGCGGCUCGAGUGACCCCUUUCAACUACAUUCCUAGCCCCAAGACAAUAAGAUCAGACAGUGGAUCUCUCCAACCACCGCAGAUACGAGCGCCUAUUAGUAACGAGAAGACAGUGGGAAAAGUGCAAAGCUGAAAGUCAAACUGAUCAGUAGACUACUUGACCUUAAGUACUUUAUUGCUUUGCAGUUUUCAUUUGAGUGAUACAAUCUACGGAAAAUGUGUUCAUUCAUAAAUGUGCCUCAAUUACAGUCUUAAUUGGGGUACAAAAUGCAUGCGUCAUUUAAUUUAGUUCUACUGCCAUCCAUCUGAUAAUGAGACUAUCUUUUAAUUAAGACAUAAUAAGGUGAGGUACUUCCUGCAAAGACACUUAAUAUCAACAAUGUUAAUAUACCACUUAUUUAUAUGUAUGAGCUGACUACAACAAAUGGUGAUACAGAUCCAUAGGUGAUUCACACAUAUAAAUACCGGGAUUAUUCCAAUGAGAUCUGAGUGACUAAUGGUAACAUUCAAACUUUAUGAGUUUGCUUGGUUUCUGUUUGGUCAGUUGUUUGGCAGGUUUUAACUGAACAAAGAAUAUUUGGCUGGUUAAUGCAUUUGGUGAAUCAGAUGCUAAGACAGUUACGUUUUUGCUGAGAUUCUGCUGGAUCUAAGCUGAUAUUUAUAAAACUGAUAGUUAAUUCAGCAGUGGUUGCCAUUUCAAUGAAUAUCUCAACUUACAAAGACAGCUACAAUGUGUGACAAUAAGGGGCCUGUUUCUCAGUUUAGACACUUGUUCCAAUAAUAACGAAGUUAGACCAUGUAACCUGAAUCAAGGCACUCAAUUAUGUGUACUACACUUACUGGAGUAUUGGUUAAUGUAUUAAUGUUCACCAUCCUGCUCACUAAUAUGUCCCAUGAGUACGCACAAUCACAGUUUAAAUGGAAAGAGGGAGAGCAGACAGUGUAAUUUGUUGAUUUCUUUUACACUGGAGACCAAACAUAGGUCUUUUGUUUUACAAAACAGCACUUUCCAAAUGUCCAAUGUACAACUGAAGGUAAAAUCAGACAAGCAGAUUGAAACAGUUCACUCAUAAUUCAUUCCUAAUUUACAACUCAAAUUUAAAAUUGAGGGGUGUCUUGUGGUGUAGUGGUAGCUUCCCUAUCUCUGUGCCCCCGAAGGUCUGGGUUCAUAUCCUACCUGUCUCAGACAUAGCCAAAAGAUUGAUUAAAAGUAAUUGAAGAGAGGAAAUGUAUGUGUUACAUGGGAGUUACAAUCAAAAGAAAAAGUGUUUUG